CCUCGUGAGACGAGUUACGAAGCAGCAAAAGUAUUGUCUUCUAAGGUUAGGAAAUUUGUCAUAUGCAUCAGACCGCAGCACUUUUUUCCGUUCCUGUGCGUGGGAUCUUAUUGAGAGCUUGAUCGAAAAUUAUGCAUAUAGAGCAACAAGAGAGAUGAUGCUUCCAAAACAUUCGUAGCGCGACUUUGAGCUCUGUAGAAUGACAGAUGAAACAUGGCGAUGCAAGUUGCGAAUUAUUUUUGACCGUCGUUUGUGAGUAGUUCGAGUCCGUGUUUGCACGUGGAAAAACCUUCUUCUGUGUUAAUCGGUGAUACAAAAAGUUGUACUCGGAACGUGAAGCAAAGAGCAUUCGAUUGUUGCAACAAUGAAUUAUAAUCACUCGAGCGCACGCCGAGGAAAGCCAAAGAGGAUAUUGGAUCCCACAGCUGGUUUGUCAGGACCAUCUUCUCCAAUGCCUCAGUCUCCGUACAUGUAUAACCAACAAAUGCCAAUGAAUAAUGGCGCAAUGCCGGAAUAUGGUUUUAAUGUUUCUGGACAACCACAAUCUUAUGGAUUUAAUCCACAAUUGUCAAAUUAUCCAUCCGCUGAUAGUCAAGGAGGAGAAUUUGCAAGUCCACAGUUUGCAUCAUUGGCCCAGCCAGUUGUCACAGACAUGGCAAUGCAAUAUGGAAAUGUGUUAGUUGGCACUGGAAAACAGCACCUGGAGAAAUAUGUCCCAAUUACAGCAUUGAAAUAUUACUUUGCUGUUAACACAGAUUAUGUCUUCACAAAAUUAUUGCUGUUGUUCUUCCCCUUUACACAUAAGGACUGGUCUGUCAAGUAUGAACAGGAUGUACCAUUGCAACCACGAUUUGAGAAAAACGCUCCGGAUAUGUAUAUACCUACAAUGGCGUUUUUCACAUACGUUGCCGUGGCGGGAUUAGUUUUAGGCAUACAAGAUCGAUUUACUCACGAGCAACUCGGUAUUCUGUCUAGUUCUGCCUUGGCCUGGGGUGUAAUUGAGUUGCUUGUUCAUACAAUUAGUUUGUACAUUAUGAAUCUUGAAACGAGUCUGACAACACUAGAUCUAUUGGCAUAUUCUGGUUAUAAAUACGUUGGUAUUAACAUAGCGCUGUUACUGUCAUUAGUAUUUCGGAAAUUUGGUUAUUACGUAACGCUUUUGUACUUUAGCACUUCUCUAGCUGUUUUUCUGAUGCGAUCGUUAAAGUUAAGAGUCAUUCCCCAAGGCCAUAACUCGUACACAGCCAUUGGCAAUAAGAGGCGGCUUUACUUUAUACUCUUCUUAGCCGGUAUACAACCUGUUCUCAUGUGGUGGCUGUCGUAUCAUUUAAUCUAAAUAACUUUGUGACUUGGUUACACAAAAUUAAUGACAGUGAAAAAAAAAGAAGAAGUGUGUAUAUUUAUUAUUUGGUUACACUAAUAUCAUCUGUACAAUUUUUGUAAUAAAGUCCAGUGAGAGAAAGAAUAUAAAUG